CGCCAAGAGGCAUUGCCCCGCCCCUCCCGGGUGACUUGCUGUUGAACCCGCUACUAACACACAGUAUUCUCUCGGCCGUAACCACAGCCACCAAAUUCGAGCCGAUUGAUCGAGUUUUCUUGUUAUAUUCACAACUGUCGCCAAGGACUCGCGCUAUCAACAGAAACGGACUCUUGAAGUAGUUGAGACCAAGCCUAUAGAGCCCACAAUUCACCCCAGCCUUCAGCUGUACCAGACGUGUGUUCUGUGAGUAGCCGUACUUUGACAAAUCAAACACUUUUUUUUUUUUAAUUUCUGAACUGACUGUGUACAUUUAUAACUAGGUAUACUGUUAAUGUGACAAAUUAAUUUAAACAAUAAUUUUGUCAUUGAAAACAUAACACAAACAUAAUGCAAACCAUUUGGUUUUGAUAAACCUUAUUUCAAUCGUCAUAUAUUGUUAUAAUUAAUUGGCUAUUCCUUUUUAAUCGCAACUGAAAAGUGUCUAUUAAUAUUUUUACUAAGUUGCUGUAUAGUGAUUUAGCAAACUGCUGCUAGAGAAAUCAUUAAGACCACACAUAAAAUUAGAUGAAAUAUAAAUCGUUUAUUCACUAACACUGACAGUAGUAAAACACUCUAGUCUAAGCCAUUAAUACACGCACCAGUUAGAUCACGCCAGCAAUGAUAUCAUACCCACGUCUGCCACGAGUGCCAUACUAACAGAUGUUUAAGUAUUAGUUAGACCGCUUUCACUUUCUGAUUUAUUAUUUAUUAUCCGAAUGUUGCAUUAUCAUAAUUUAUCUUGUAUUCUUCUGAAGAAUUAAUUGUGUAUUCUAUUUAACAUGUAGGCCUACAGCCCAUGUUAACAUCUUAGACACACAGAAUAUGGCAAGGACAGCCCAAUCGAACAUAAUACAUAUGACAUAAACAACCCAUUUACUAUCAUGCAACAGUCUGAAACCCUAACAUUCUUGUGGAAAAUGACCUAUUAGUGCCCUGUACAAUUAUUUAUUAUCCGAAUGUUGCAUUAUCAUAAUUUAUCUUGUAUUCUUCUGAAGAAUUAAUUGUGUAUUCUAUUUAACAUGUAGGCCUACAGCCCAUGUUAACAUCUUAGACACACAGAAUAUGGCAAGGACAGCCCAAUCGAACAUAAUACAUAUGACAUAAACAACCCAUUUACUAUCAUGCAACAGUCUGAAACCCUAACAUUCUUGUGGAAAAUGACCUAUUAGUGCCCUGUAUAAUUAACACAUUAUUAAUAUGUCUGCGGAGAGCAGAAAAUAAGCCCUCGAAGUUUUGACAGGAGAGUGCUGAACAUUCAGAUUCAAUGCAGAAUGCCUAAAGUCACCUGCCUUAAGCUUUAAAGGUAGCGGGUGUUAUUAUAAAAAAAAAAAAAAAAAAAAAAAAAAAAAAAAAAAACUUUUUGACAACUGGUGAUUCACAGUCUUAAAUAUUUAUCUAAGAAUAGUCUAUUACAUUGUUUCAGUAACGUCCAAAUAUUAAUCACAAGCCAUCAAAAUGGGAGUCAAGGAUGGAUUCAUGGGAGCUAACAUUGCCACCAAAAUUGCUUUCUUUGUUACAUUUUUGGCUAAUGUGGUGAAGUAAGGAACACUUUUUGACUUUAAACAGACUUUAAUGAAUGAAACAUUUGCUUUACAUUUAUUAAUACAUUCUUUAAGAAACCUUUGUUCAUUCUUGUGUGUUACCAAAGUAACAGGAAAUACUCGUAAAUCGGUAAAACUUUUCCAACUAGUACAGUAAGACGUAGUCUUUCUGAAUGUCUGUGAGCAGAAGCCUCCAUGAGACUGUACGCACAAUUUGUUUCAUUAAUACGUAAUAGUAAUGAAACUUUUAUUAUUAAUAUUGUUAUUAUUUAUUAUUCUUAAUCAAUGAUUUUAAAGAAAAUUUUAGGAAAUCUACUAAUGCAUUCUUUACGACAUCAGACUUUUUGUAGUUUUGUGAAAAUGGGUGUUUUACAUGUUCAACUUUCUUUUUUAAUGACAUGUAGUUGGAUUGCAUUCUGUACGACGUCUUGGACCGUAUAUGAGCCAGCGACGGGAAAUUAUCAAUGGACCGGCUUGUGGCGGGCUUGUAGCGGAGCCUCAGGAAGUGCCUCAUGCACCGGUGGCAUCGGACAAUUAGACGGUAGUUCAGACGGUACGUUUAUCUGUUCUUUUAUUUUAAACUAAAUCUCUUUUAAAAGUGAUAUUCAUUUUCUAUUCUGUGAUCAUUCAAGAGCUUAAUUUUUUUUAUUUUUUAUUCAUUUAAAACAGCUGGCUUAAGCUGUAAUUUGAAGUGUGUCCCAAUUAUAUGAUAGAGGAGCAUAGAUGUUUAAUUUAUGAUAUCCAAUCUUCCAGUUUUCUCAGUUUAUAUUCAAAUCUAAUAAUCUUGAAUACAUAUUAAAUUGUAAUCUUUGACCCAAUGAUUACAUUUGUGAGUUUGGUAAAUGGCUAGAGAAUGUCCCGAGAUGACCGCCAACUUGGUUGACAAAACCAGUUAAUUCUAUCACUAAUGUAUCCCUAAAUCGAUCCCUCAACCUAACCUAAACCCUAAUUCACUGUAACUAUAAUAAACACGCAAAUGACGUCACGGGAUGCUCUCUAGACAUUAGCCGCGAGGUUUACUAGGAUAUGUCUAAUAUUUACGUUAUUUUUUCCUAUAUAUUAUAGGGGGAAAAAAAAUCUUGUUCACUUAAUCUACAUUUACAGAUUAAUGAUUGAAAAACUAGACUUUUUACUUUGAAAUUUCAAGUUAUAUAAUGUUUAAGGAAGUGUCUACACGUCCGGCGCGCUGGACAAAUAGUGUGGGAAAUAUGCGUCCGGCGAGCAUGUCAUAUGACCGCCGGACAACUAGUAGGUGUUAUUAUUCCGAAGGAAGAAUCUAUCCAGAAGAUCUUGUGAGGUCAUGUGGUAGAGUGCCCGCUUGACGAUAUUAUAUUUGUGGAUCGAUUUCCCGCAUAGGAACCCUUUUUUCUCCCCAUUUUAAUUAAAAAUAUUUUAUAUUAUUAUAUUUAUUUUAUCAUGUUCAUCAGCAACAGUAGUUUUAUGAGAAGUUUUUAAAUAUUUUGUAGCAAUUUAAAAUGUUUACUUUACAAUUUAAAAUCUUUUACUUUUAUUGGUUGCCUACUCCAUACUGAAUACUGGCCCCUAAUUAUAUUAUGAUUAUGGGUUACUGGUACACAAACUCAAAUAACAAAUUAAACAAAAAUGUUAACAAACCAUUUUCACUUCAGUUUUUUUCUAUUAUUUGCAUUCAAGAUACUCAGUAAAUUACUUGGUAGAGAAAUAGAUUUUAAAAUUAACAAUAGUUUUGAAUCAUUCGCGGCACCUGACAAGGCUGAUGGACAAAAUAUCUCUUGCCACUUUGUUACGGUGGUCGUGUUACUUGGUCGCCGGACGAAUAGUGCGGGAGAUAUGCAUCCGGCGCGCCGGACGUAUAGACACUGCCAUUUUUUAUGUUUAAAUGUGGGGGUUUUUUUGGACACUAGAUGCAGCAAUUGUAUAUAAAAUUAAGAAAAAAUGUUUCCUAUAAUUAAGAUAAAACCAAUUAGACAAUGAAAAACUUUAUAACAUUAGCAUCUCAUAUUUUAUUUUUUAUCUUAAAUUGAAAAUAAUAAUCAAAAUGUAACUGUCAAAUCAUUAUAUAUUUGUUUAAAUAGAUGACGUUGAUGCAGUCCAAGCCUUCGCCAUCUUUGGUUUCAUCGCCUUGAAUGUAGGAUUGCUCCUGAUUGUUCUCUACAUGUUCUGGGGAAGCUGCAAAGGAAAUGCUGAGACUGGAAUAGCUUCUGCUAUCAUCCUCUUCAUCUCGGGUAAUUUUUCUUUUAAUGAUUGAUCACAUGGUUUUAUUUCGGUUAUUAGUUUGGUUUCGUGUCACUUUGUGUGUGUCAUAUCGUUCAAUACAUGUUUACCCACUUAUGCGGAAUUGAUUUUCUUCAACAUAAGCACAAAUGUAUAUGUCUACAGACAAACCAUAUCUUUCCACUUUUUAUUACCUUACAUCAUUAAACACCCCAAGUAAUCUAUAUUUCCAAUAAAAGGAGCCGCUUGGUUAAAUCAACUAUUAGUCAGAUAAGUCGAUCCAAAUUUCAAAAGUGACUUGAGUCGUGGGCAAUUUGACAACCAGAUCAUCAUAGGCUAAUGUGUAUAAAUUAUGUAUUUUAUUUUAAAGAAAUUAAAUUCAGUUCUACAAUUCUAUUAAAAUUCUCUCAAAGGUCAAAUUUUACAUUUUACAAGUUCACCUCUUACAAUUAAUUUUUUCAGGUGAAACUAGAAACAGAGGCAUGCAGGUGCCCAAAACAAAUCAGCCGAAGAUAGUUGGACUAAAUUCUCAUAUAAUUAUUUAUUCUAUCUCACUAAUAACAAUAAUUUUAAUCAAUUAUAUAAUUUCUAAAGAUUUUAAACCUCUCUCCUGACUAAAUAAAGAGCAUUCUUUUUUUAUUUGGAUGACCUAUAUAUUUAAUAGUCACAUAUAAGUGUGUCAAUACAAUUUUUUUUUGUUAGGUCUAUAUUUUUAAAGAUAAUCCUUCAUAGGGACAUCGUUCAAUAUGUAUUCUUGAUGAUUAAAAAUAAUUCUUAAAUUAUGCCUAUUUUAUCUACAGCUGGCACCUGGCUCAUCGCAGUUGCUGUCUUUGGUGCCAGGUUUGAUGAUUUUGCAAACACCAGAUUCGGCUACUCCUAUGCCCUGGCCGUCUGCGCCCUCAUCUUGGCUCUGAUCAGUGGCAUCAUCAUGAUCAUUGGUGGCAGGGGCAACAGUUCUGUCAGCUCAAAGUAAACUUCAAGAAGUUUCAAGAAAAUUUCUACACUAAAAGCAUUACAUUUUCAACUAUACUUAAGACUAUGUGGACAUUGAUCAACACAAAAAAAGACAUUCUGAUUUACCAAAAAAAAGAUUUCUCAAUUUUAAAAAAAAAAUGAAUCAAUAAAUAGUAUUUUUAAAAUUGCACCAUCACUUUCAAAGUCAACACAUAAAUCAUAAGAAUUGCUCUUUAAAACUUUUUAAACCAAAUAUAUGAUUAGUUUUAUAUAUCAUGCUGUAAUAGGGUUUUAUACUAUAAAAAUAAUUCUUAUUAGUUUUUUUUAUGAAACUGUGAUAGGAAUUCUUAUCAGAAUUUAUCAUUCAGUUGAGCUUUGGAAGGUAUAUUCACUUGAUCUGUCCAUUAUUCCGUCCAUAUUUUAUGUAACUCCAUCACAAACCAUUAAUAUUGUAGCAAGUUGAAUGAAAGUUGAAACUGCGAUCAUCUAUAAAUAAAUCACCCUUGCCAUUGGAAGAUAUAUAGUAUUUGCAGCAAAAGUUCCUUGGAAAUAACUUUGUAACCAGCCAUAUCUCCUCAAAUUAUCUGAAAGAAAAGUAUUUGUAUGUGUUUUAAUAGACUAUAAAUAAACAAAAUAUUACUCUGCAUUAGAAUAUGAGAAAUAACCCACCAGGUUUGGGGGGCGGGGCCAUGUGUUAUUCAAUAAAGCAACUUGCAACCUAAGUAUGUAUGAUUAUUUGAUGCUUCAGGGGCUUCCCUUCAUUAGAUACCAUACAGUACAUGACUAACAAAAUACUUGCUUGUAUUUUUGCAUGAAUUAUGUAUGCAUAACAUCGUGAAUAUCCCCAGGACACUGAGAGACUGUUUGAUUGGGAAUAAAUGUUUUUUUUUUAUAACAUUUC